CGGGGCGGGGCGGAUCCGGCUGGAACCGGUUGUGCCGCGUCCUGCUCGCCCGUAUAAAACUUUACAAACAGCCGCUGGCGGCCGCGCGGGCCCCGCCGCCCUCUCCUCCUCCUCCGCCGCCCGCCGCCGACAGCAGCCCCUUCCUUCCCUCUCCCCGCCCCUUCCCCCGCGCUCGCCGCCCUCCGCCCCCGCGCAGCCAUGCCGAAGAGAAAGGCUGAAGGAGAUACCAAGGGCGAUAAGGCCAAAGUUAAGGAUGAGCCACAACGGAGAUCGGCGAGGUUAUCCGCUAAACCUGCUCCUCCGAAGCCAGAACCUAAACCUAAAAAGGCAGCUCCAAAGAAGAGCGAGAAGGUGCCCAAGGGAAAGAAGGGUAAAGCUGAUGCUGGCAAGGAGGGAAACAACCCUGCAGAAAACGGAGAUGCCAAAACAGACCAGGCACAGAAAGCCGAAGGUGCUGGUGAAGCCAAGUAAAAUGUGUGAAUUUUUGAUAACUGUGUACUUCUGGUGACUGUACAGUUUGAAAUACUAUUUUUUAUCAAGUUUUAUAACAAUGCAGAAUUUUGGUUUACUUUUUUUUAAGCUAUGUUGUUAGCACACAGACCGCUUCGUUGUUGUGUUUUGAGGGGGGGGCAGUGGGGACAAAGGUCACUUAGUCUAUUUCUUGGAAUCUAAAUUUUAAUAAGAAAAGUUUUCCCAGUCCCCAGUUUUUGGAAGAAAGGCCCUUCCUGGAGAAGAGGAGGAAGGGAUUCCUUCAUGCUGCACAUCUGUAAAGUGUGUCCAAGUGAGCAUCGAAGCUCCCAAAAUGCCUGUUGCCAACAUCAAAACCACCGUUUGUAACGCCCUCUGUAUUUCCUUCCAUGUCCUUGUUUACCUAAAGCCUGUCACUCCGAAAUGCGGCAAAAAUGGCAUUUUGGGACUUACUUCGGAUGCAUUAUCAGGUGAUCUGGACUCUAGUGUCUAAUUUGGAAUAUAAUGGCUCCAAAAGGAGCUGUACUUACCCGUUGUUUUGAAUCUUCAGAUUAGGAAACCCCCAUUCUAAUUUUUUUUUCCUUUAAAAGUCAGGGUAGGUUUGUGAAGAGUUGUUAAACAACACACAAAAUGUGAACGUGUCUGCCCUCACUCUAAACUUUCCCCUCUACAACUAUGAAAUGAAGAUUCUUCGGUUUUAUAGCAACUUGUACGUUUUGGUAGUCCAUGAAGGGAGGGAGUUGAACAGUUGUUGUAAAAUGUUGCCGAUUGUAGCCCAUGUCCUGCCUAAAUUACCAUGAUUGUUUAUGAAAAGUACCUUUAAUAAAGCUGGAUACGGUUUGGCUUUGACUGUU